CCGCGUGCUGACGCCAUGGCGCUGAGGCUCCCAGGAACGAGGUCGCUCGCUCUCGUUAGCCUAGUCCUGGUUUUGGGGCUCCCUGCUGAUGCUGGGCUUUCUCAGAAGCACGUUUCCGACGUGGUGGAUGACAGCAAAGACAACAUCACCAUUUUCACCCGCAUCCUGGACAGGCUGUUGGACGGAUACGACAACCGCCUGAGACCCGGACUCGGAGACAGUGUAACUGAAGUCAAGACAGACAUCUACGUGACGAGUUUCGGCCCAGUCUCGGACACAGAUAUGGAAUACACUAUUGAUGUCUUUUUCCGGCAGUCCUGGAGGGAUGAAAGGCUGAAGUUUGAUGGGCCCAUGAAAAUACUUCCCCUGAACAACCUGCUGGCCAGUAAGAUCUGGACUCCUGAUACUUUCUUCCACAACGGGAAGAAAUCUGUCGCCCAUAACAUGACAACACCUAACAAGCUGCUGCGCCUGGUGGACAAUGGCACCCUCCUGUACACCAUGAGGCUAACGAUUCAUGCAGAGUGCCCCAUGCACCUGGAGGACUUCCCAAUGGAUGUGCAUGCCUGCCCACUGAAAUUUGGGAGCUAUGCCUACACAAAGACAGAGGUGAUCUACACCUGGACGCUGGGGAAGGACAAAUCAGUGGAAGUAGCAAAGGGGGGAUCUCGCCUCAACCAGUAUGACCUUCUGGGCCAUGUUGUUGGGACAGAGAUGGUUCGAUCCAGCACAGGGGAGUAUGUUGUCAUGACCACACACUUCCACCUGAAGAGGAAGAUUGGGUACUUUGUGAUACAGACCUACCUGCCCUGCAUUAUGACGGUCAUCCUGUCCCAGGUCUCCUUCUGGCUAAACAGGGAAUCUGUUCCUGCCCGAACGGUUUUUGGUGUCACCACUGUCCUCACCAUGACCACACUAAGCAUCAGCGCAAGAAACUCCUUACCUAAAGUGGCGUACGCGACGGCCAUGGACUGGUUCAUAGCCGUCUGUUACGCCUUUGUGUUUUCUGCGCUGAUCGAAUUCGCCACUGUCAACUACUUCACCAAGCGCAGCUGGGCUUGGGAUGGCAAGAAGGUGCUGGAGGCCCAAGAGAUGAAGAAAAAGGAGCCGGUGGCACUGGCGAAGAAGACCAACAACACCUACAACAUCGUCGGCACCACCUAUGCCCUCAACAUCGCCAAGGACCCCGGGCUGCCCACCAUCGCCAAGAGCGCUGCCGCCGCCGCCACCACCAACGUACCCCCGAAGCUGCCCCGCAUGGAGGAGAAGCUCCCAGAGAGUAAGAAGACCUACAACAGUGUCAGCAAGGUAGACAAGAUGUCCCGCAUCGUCUUCCCAGUCCUCUUUGCCAUUUUCAACCUCGUCUACUGGGCCACGUACGUAAACCGGGAGUCAGCUAUCAAGGGAAUGAUCCCCAAACAAUAA